AUGGAGAUCCACUCGCGGAUGUGCGUGGCCAAGUCCGACGUCCCCGCCUCCGUCCCACGCGUGGUGCUCCUCUCGCCGCUCGACCUCUUCCACACCAGCCAGAUGCCCAUCAUCCUCUUCUACGAGAACGCCCCCGCCGGGGCGGCGGCGCGCAUCGAAUCGGGGCUCGCAACCGUGCUGGAUCACUACCCGGAGCUCGCCGGCCGGAUCGGGCGCGACGAGCUGGGCCGCCACUGCAUCCAUCUCAACAACGAAGGCGCGAUCUUCGUCGAGGCGGUGUGCUCCUCCGAGCUGGCUCCCUUCCUGGACAAGCGCGGCAACGACGUCAAGGAUCUCGUCGGCUCGUCGACGCUGGAGCUCGGCGAUGGGAUGAACCGCGUGCCGCUCAUCAUCCAGGUGACGCGCUUCGCUUGCGGGGGGCUGGCCCUCAGCUGGGAGGGACACCACCGCGUGUGCGAUGGCUCCGCCCACGCGCAGUUCUUGCUCAACUGGGCAUCUGCUGCAAGAACCGGAUCCCUCACUCCAGGAUUCGUCCCGCUCAUCCACGACCGAUAUUUCUUGUUUCCCAGAAAUCCCCCGGUCGUGGAGGAUCCACUAGUGAAGUUCAUCCACAAGCAAAUGUCGCGCACCACCGUCCCGGGGCAAGAGGUCCUCACUCUCACGGCAAACCUGACGAGCAAGCAGAUCUCCCACCUCAAAUCUCUCUGCGGGAACAAAUACACCACCUACGAAACGCUGAGUGCGCACUUCUGGAGGUGCAUGACCGCGGCCAGGGACUUCGAAGACCGGAGCACUCUGGUCGGGCAUUUUUGUCCCGCCAAUGGUCGUUCCAUCCUCAAUGCCCCGAGCGGGUUUUUUGGUAACGCCAUUUACCUCACUUUUGUCCAGACGAGCGCCGCGGAUCUGCUGGAUGGAUCGCUGGAGCACGCCGCGGGGCUCAUCCGGCAGGGCGUCAAGCGCGCCAGCAACCGUGUGUUCCUCGAGUCGGUGAUCGACUACCUGGCGCUGGAGCAAGCGAGUGAAGAUGCCCAGCCGCCACAGGCCGAGGCCAAGGACCAGAGCUGGAUCCCAAAUGUCAUGAUCCCGUGCUGGUCGAAGUUUCCAUUAUAUGAGGUUGACUUUGGGUUUGGCAAUCCAUUCCGGUUCUCCACUGUGAAUAUGGGGAUUGAGGGGGCGUUCACGAUUGGGCCACCGCGCAAGGACGGGAUCACAGAGGUGCUCAUCAAUGUGCGCAAGGAGCACGCCCAGAGCUUGGUCACUCACCUUGGCAACUCCUUGGGCAGCGCUCUUCCAGCAGCUGCCAUGGUGAGCUUAACAAUGAUUUCGCACCUUAAACGCAAUUCGAGAGAGGAAAAUGUAGUUGUAAAGCCAGCCUGCCAGCUUGGCCCUAGCAAAACGAAAAUCGAGAAUGUACAUGUCACUGUGGUACUUCCUGUGAGGAAUCACGUUGAAGAGCCUCCAAUCGUGAAGGAUCUUUAUGCUGUGGCGAUAAGAAUGAUAAAACAGGCAAAAACUGUAGCUUUGGAGGUCAAGAAACCUGGCUAUGAAACGAUCUGCUAA